GGUGACGUGGACGGUGUGAGCGUGUGCGGAGUGUUCCGCCUCGUUCUCAUUGUGCGCAUGAAAGUCAAACCCCUCAGGUGACCUUUUCCAGCGGUUCAUUGGAAGACAGCCUCUUUCCUUCCGCCACUCUACGCCGGCCCCUAUUCACAGAGCGCACUUACGAUGCGGCCGCUCUGUGGACGGGCAGAGCAGGAGUGGCGCUGAUCGGAGCUGAGAUCAGGGAGGAGAUCUGUGCUGGUCCAUUCAUUCCUAGGAGAGGGCUGUGCAUGGUGCUGAUCGGAGCUGAGAUCAGGGAGGAAACCAUUGAUUCCUAGGAGAAGGCUGUGCAUGGUGCUGAGAUCAGGGAGGAAAUCAUUGAUUCCUAUGAGAAGGCUGUGCAUGGUGCUGAUCGCUGUGUCAGUGGACGGAGGAGUCAUGUGUUGGCAGUAGAAGUUGUGUCAUUCUAUGUUCCUCCUGCUGGAGAUGCUGGCUUCUCCAUUGGAUUGAUGGACAGAAGAUUAGUGAUGAGUACAUGAGCUUUGUAGGCAGUGAUCACAGAUAAUGCAUUGCACUCCUUCAAGCAGCAGACUAUAGACAGAUUUCACUAGUUACCCUUCCAUUGACUUGAUUGGAUCUCCAUUACCAUGUGGGUGAAGGUGUGUGUGGGCCUGAUGGCCAUGGCAGUGGGUCUCCUCCAUCACCUGCAGCCGAACCUCCUGGAAGCAGCCCAGGACUACUUUUCAUCAUCCCUGCAGAGCAUCUCCCCCGGGGUGACCCCAUCCCACCCGUCCCUGGAGGAAGCCCUGUCCACGACAUGGGAUACCCUGAUUACAGCGCCGGCCAAACACUGGGGGAAGGUGGCCGUUGGAGUGAAUGCUUGUGUAGAUGUAGUAGUCUCAGGGGUGAGCUUACUGAAAGCAUUGGGCCUGAGCCCCCAGCCCGGAGGAGAUCACCUGGUUCUCAACGCGCAGGAGGAACUGGCUGAGACCUUCCAGCACUAUAUGCAGCGAGGAGCGGCAGCCGAACGUUUCUAUAGCGAUGCUGACAGCUUUCAGCACAUCUCCCGCACGGCUUCCCAAGAACCAGGAGCCAAGCAUUUUGUUGGAGGAAAUGCUGCUCUUAUUGCACAGAGACUGGCAACACAUCCAGAUCUGGAGGUUCUCCUGUGUGGGCCAAUAGGCCCUAAGCUACAUGAAUUAUUGGAUGAAAGAAUUGUUGUACCCCCAGCAUCGUUGAAGGACCAGGAUGAGUACCAUCUUAUAUUGGAAUAUAAAGCUGGGGAGAAGUGGGGCUCAGGACAAGCUCCAGCUGCCAGCAGGUUUAUAUUUUCUCAUGAUUUGUCCAAUGGGGCCAUGACGUCACUGGAGGUUCUGCUUUCGAGUCUGGAGGAAUUCCAGCCAAAGCUCUUGGUUCUUUCUGGGUUGCACAUGAUGGAGGGAUUAUCCCAGGAGGCCAGAGCCAACCGCUUGCAAGAGGCAGCCACUGCAUUGUCAGAUGUCCCCUCGGAUAUUCUUAUUCAUCUAGAGUUGGCUAGUAUGACUGAUGGGGAUUUAAUGAGAGGAAUCAUCCACCAGCAGGUCUUCCCGGUGAUCAGCUCUGUAGGUCUUAAUGAACAAGAGCUCCUCUUCCUCAGCCAGUCAUCCUCCGGUCCUCACUCGGCACUCCCAGCAUGGUCAGGAAUCCCAGAUGUUGGAAUAGUGAGCGACAUCUUAUUCUGGAUCCUGAAAGGUUCUGUGCGCGGAGACUCUGCUCUUACCAGAGUCCACUUUCACACUUUAGCCUACCACAUUCUGGCCACUGUGGAUGACUUUUGGGGAAAUCAAGUGGCUGCUGUGGCUGCAGGUGCUCGGAUUGCUGGCGCCCAAGCUUGUGCUAGUGAAAUUAUUGAACCUUCAAAAGUGAUGCUAAAAAGCCCACUGGAAUUUUCUACCUCCAAAACAGACAUGGGUCCCACUGCCAGGGUGAGUGCCAAGGAACCUGUGGCAGUUUGGAGAAAAGAUGGAGUGACCUUCCAUUUCACACCUGUGCUUAUAUGCAAAGAGCCUGUUAGGACUGUGGGCUUGGGUGAUGCUAUAUCUGCGGAAGGAUUGUUGUUUUCAGAAGCAAAGACUCAAUGAGAAAACAAUCUGAAAUUGCAGACAUGCACAUAUCUGCUGCUGGCACUAAAAAGAUGAAUCUCAGAAAUUUAAGGCUGCUUAGAGCCAUGCUUUAUAAUGUUUUUCAGAGGAUCACUGAAUGCAGAUUCUAAUGUUGGUUUUACGGGAAAAUAUUUGACAAUGGGAUGCAGUAAGUUUAUACCAUGAAAACAUAGUGCUGCACAUAGGUGUUUACCAUAUAUAAAAGCUUAAAGUGGAGGUCCGCCCCUA